AUGACCCACGAGCCCGUUCCCUCCUCAGACGUGCGAGCCCGCGUGUCGACGCUGUUGCUGGUGCCGCUGCUGGUGCGGGCGACGGCCGCCUCCUCAUCGCCAUCCAACGUCGCCUGGGAGAGCACGCUGCAGUACUGGCGUGCGACGCAGGGUGAGCCAGGCGCUACCUGCGAGGCCGGCGUCUGCGUCUGCUCGUCGUCGGCGCUGGAAGACGUCGGCCGCUGCGCCAUCCGCGACUGCAGCGAGCUGGUGUCGCUCGGUGUCAGCGUCAGCGGGCAGUACCCGAUGCGACUGGCGCCGGACGAGUCGCCGGUGCAGGUGUACUGUGACAUGGAGACGGCCGGUGGGGGCUGGACCGUGUUCCAGCGGCGGCAGGACGACCCAGUGCAGAUCGACUUCUUCCGCGACUGGCAGAGCUACCGUGACGGCUUCGGGAACGUGUCGGGCCAGUUCUGGCUCGGCAACGAGCUGAUCCACCGGCUGACCACCCGCGAGCCACAGGCGAUGCGCGUUGACCUGGAGGACUUCGAGGGCGAGCGGCGCCAUGCCCAGUACGGCUCCUUCAGCAUCGCCGAUGAGGCGGACCAGUACCGACUGCAGCUGUCCGCCUACUCCGGCGACGCUGGUGACUCCCUGACCUACCACUCAAACCAGCAGUUCAGCACGCGCGACCGAGAUAACGAUGAUGGCGCGGGCCACCACUGUGCCGCUCUCUACACGGGUGCAUGGUGGUACCGAGCUUGUCAUCGUUCCAAUCUCAACGGGCUGUACCUGCGCGGGAUAAUUCCGCCAGUCCGUGAUGACGGCAAGCGUUCACAGCUCGCUGUGUCCUGGUUGGCCUGGAAAGGGCAUUGGUACUCGUUGAAAGCCUCCGAGAUGAAAAUCAGACCGGCCAACUUCAGAGGUCCUUAA